ACACAUACAAUUUGUCAUCGCGUGGUGUUGCGUUGUAAAUCUUGGCGAGUGCCGAGAAUACGAGUCACUAUACGCGUCUUCACGAUGCGGUCGAGUGUCUUUCCCUUUUGGCUCUUGUGGUGCUGCUGUUCAUGGUCGCUUGGAGCGAAAUGGCUUCGGAAUGAUGACGCUGAAAAGCGAGGACGCAACGUGCCUUCGGUAGGAUCGUGCCCUCCAUUUGAGAGCGUGUCCGACGGAUCCCCGAGCAAUGAAUGUGAAGCUGACUGCGCGGACAACGGCUCCGCGCCUGAUGCACUCGCUUGCACGACGAGAACAGAAGGCUGCGUAUGCCAUUCGAGCGAAGACCUUGUUCUUAAUGGGGGUGAAUGCAUUCCGAUAUGGAUGUGCGAUCAAAUAUACGAUGAGGCCCACGACGAUGGAAACGCAGUGCAUCGUGGCGCUACGUCCUAGACAUUAUGCUGAAGGCACGAAACGUUGUUCAAAUAAAUGCUUCAAGUGAUGCUGGUUCGGGGAUUACUACUACUACUACCUCUGGAUCAUCACGCGCAGCCACCUUCUCCGUAACAUCGCCGCGGUGAUAACGAGCAGUGCAAACUAAGCGACAAACACGUCGCGAAGCGUCGACAGGUGCUGCCCCGGUGCUGCGAGCAUUGAGCAUAGUGAGUUAGCAAGAAUGCACGUACAUCUUGUCAUCACAUGUUGUUGCGUUAUAAAUCUUGGCAAGUGUCGAGAACACAAGUCACUACGCGUCUUAACGAUGCAGUCGAGUGCCUUUCCCUUUUGGCUCUUGUGGUGCUGUUGUUCAUGGUCGCUUGGAGCGACAUGGCCCCUGAAUGAUGACACUGAAAAGCAGGGACGACACGCGCCCACGGUCACACCAGAACCGUGCCGUCAAUUUGAGAGACCGUCCAACGGAACUCCAAACACCGUAUGUGUCGCUGACUGCGAGAACGACGGCGCCGCUCGUGAUGUGCUCGCUUGCACGACGAGACGAGAAGGCUGCAUAUGCCAGUUCAGCAAAGGCUUUGUUCUUAAUCGGGCAUAUCAUUGCAUUCAGAGAUGGAUGUGUGAUCAAAUGUAUGAGGAGGCCCACGGCGGUGGUGACGCAGUGCGUCGUGGCGCUACGUUCUAGACAUUAUGCUGAAGGCACGAAACAUUGUUCAAAUAAAAGUUUCAAGUGAU